GGCAACCUUCAAACACUGUAAGACUAAUUUCAGGCAUCUAAAAAAAAAGUGCAGUUCACCACAAAACAAGCACCCAUUGCAUUCAUUAUAACCAAACCUUCACAAAGUCAGUCUCCCCUAUACAUCAUUAUGAAACUAAAGUGAACAUCUUAAUCCCUUGAUAAUGAUGAUGCCAGUUGUUCAACCUUCCUUGAUAUCUUUCACUAUGCUUCUCACAUGUCAGCCAACUGUGAUCUCGCGUCCUUACGUCAGGCCAAAGUGGAGCAAUGUGCCAUGGAUUGGGCAUCAGUCAAAACCAAUUUACAUCACUCCUGAACCCGUUUACUAUGACCAAGGUCAGGAUGAAAACUGGCAACGAAUCAGGGCCUCUAACCCUGAAAUGAAUCUGGAAAAGAUCCUCAUCCGUCCAGCAGCAAUUAUUGAAGAUGAGCCACAACAGGAGACUCCACAGCAGCAGGUUUUGGACGAUACGGAAGCCGGGAAAAAUCUAAGCGUCACUUUUUCUAAUAUGGUGGAAAAAAUUGGGUCAAAUCCAUCGACUCCUUCGGCUUUGAAGGAUGCACCAGUUGGAAGAAAGCGUCCAAAUGAUGAUUUGCCUGAAAGCGUGAAAGAUGCCUGGAAGGAUCGAACUUACUACAUCAAUCCCUUGUAUUGGUUGGAAUAUCCCAAAAGAAGGAAGGACAGCAAUGAAGUGCCAAGUCCCAUCAAUGAGUCCAGAGAAAUAAGGUCAACUCCUGCUACAGCCACUGAAGACACUAAAGCUGAACUUCAGCAAGGCAUGGAAGCUGUCAGAAGAGAAAUAUCUAGGUUAGGGGGAAAUCAAGGGUCCACUAAACCAAUCCUACCAAUAACACCCACAGAGGACCCCCUAGAAAGACUUCUGCACACCUCAGCACUGCUCCCAGAAGAAAACCUAUUCCCUCCAAAGGAAACUGACACCAGCAAUGACUAUUCUACAAUCAGUCACAAACACAGGACAACUGGGUUCACAGUUCCAGAUAUAGACCCACUUUUGUCUGCCCCAGAAUUCAGAGCUAUGUUGGGGGAUGAAGAGGAGCCCAGUAUUCAUGACACUGUUUCAACACCCGCGCCGUUAUUUCUACCCCCAACGAGGCAUCAAAGAAUACAGGAUGACAAUAUCGUAGAGCAUAUUCGACCUGUGACGGUGAAUGCGAGCUCUAAACGACAUGGCGCCGGCGCAGACCGCGCGCACACGCGCAAACCGGAGAAGGGAACACGGAGUGACAUCUGUCCCAAGAAGUCCAUAGAUUUCUUCGAAGGAGUUCCUUUCUGGCUCGGCGCCAGCAUCGGAAUCCUCGCGACAUUCUUCCUCUUUGCACUCUACGACCAAGUCAGGCGAUGCUCUUCGUCAUCGUCGUCACAGCGACACCAAGGAGGCGCCACUGUGACGCAGGCAAUGCUCAGUGAAAAGCCCAAAGUAUCCCAGACGCAAAACAGUGGCGGUGAUGCGAGGACGCGAGCAGGUGGCGCUGCUCAUCGAUUCCAGCAGCACAUGACCUCGGCGUCGACAUCUAGCGGAUUGCUCAGCAUCGCUGCCGAGCGACUCAAGAAGCGCUUGUUCAAGUCUUUGAUGAAACACGGCGGUGACUCUACGAGUGUCAGCGCGGCAAAACCGCGAAACAUCACCAACGAAUCCUUUGGCUUUGGACACCGACAGCCUGACGACGAUUGCUCCAGUUCCGACUCGGAAUCGAUUGAUGUGUUUGCGCCGCAUUAUGCGGGCUCGAGGACAGACUUUGGUUGUGUGCAGAAUUGCGAGGCUCGCCGAGUCGCCGAUUUCUGCGCAAUGGCCAACUCCGUGACCCAGAAACCUCAGUGAAGAAAUAUACACGUCAACCCUGUCCAAAACACGAGUGGGGCCUCUGCUGCUGUUGCGCAAUGGCCCCGGAGAUAGUGUUAUUUUUCACGGUCACGGUUGCCUCGCGGAUACAGGACAGAAGAACAGCCUUCACACAGCUUCCCCGGGCUCGUCACGUCCUCAAAAAAUAAAUUAAUACAACAAGAAAUAAAUGCAUUGAAAAAAAAAGGUGGACGAGGGAACACGAAAGUCCAUCAUCACAUCCUUCUUUGGCAUCCACGACCCAGCAGAAAAGAAGCCACGGGCGCAUCAAACACGCGCAUUACAUGUACACACAGGAUUUCUUUUCCUGUGUCAAAGAGGCCGAAAGUUUAAACGGAAGUCUUUGACCUUUCAUCAAGAGAAGAAGGAAAGAGAGAUCUGGUCCUGACCUAAUUCCACGUUUUGCUGCGUAUCCCUGGGCCUCAAUUUUACUGACUGCGAGAGGUGUGUCAUGGACGUGAGUCAAGAUCAAAAUGCGACGUCAACAUAAUCUCUUUUCAUAUUUUAUUUUACUUUUUCUCUCUCUCUCUCAUCCAAUUUGUUCCAGAAGUCCUUGUUCCACUUCUUUCUUUUCACAGCAAUGACCGGGUGCAUAAGGAAUCGGACAACUGAACUCGCUUUUCUUUGACACGAAAUAAAAAAAAACCUCAG